AUGAACAUUAUUGGCUGCAAGUGGGUAUUCCGCACCAAACGUAAUGCCGAUGGGACAGUUGAGCGUUAUAAGGCUCGUUUGGUUGCGAAAGGGUUUAACCAAGUUGCAGGAGAGGACUUCUUUGAUACUUUCAGUCCGGUGGUCAAACCGACCACGGUUCGCAUGUUAUUUUCUUUAGCCAUAUCCAUGGGCUGGACUCUACGUCAGUUAGAUGUCCACAAUGCCUUCUUAAAUGGGCAUCUGUCCGAAACUGUUUACAUGAAACAACCUCCAGGCAACGAUACCGCUCUCAUCGAAACUCUACUGGGCCGGUUAUCCUCAGCUUUUAAGAUCCGUGAUCUAGGUGCACCGGGAUUCUUUUUGGGUAUCGAAACAGUUGUGGUCAGUGAUGGGUUACUGCUUUCACAACGUCGUUACAUGACGGAUCUUCUUGGCCGCUCGGGAAUGGUUGAUUGUAAGCCGCUUGCGACUCCAGCCGCUGUAUCAAAGGCUGAAACCCCAUCUGAUGACCCUUAUGAUAAUCCGACUCAGUAUCAACGCAUUGUUGGGGCUCUACAAUAUUUGACUAUUACUCGGCCUGAUCUGUCAUAUGCGGUAAAUCGUCUCUGUCAGUUUAUGCACUCCCCGACUGUUGACCAUUGGAAUCUUGUGAAACGUGUUCUCCGUUACAUCAAAGGGACUCUUGAUUAUGGCCUUCGACUUACUCCGUCUUCCUCGACCUCGAUCCAUGCUUAUUCGGAUUCCGACUGGGCAGGCUGUCCGGUUGAUAGGAAGAGUACCAGUGGCUAUGCAGUCUACCUCGGCAGUAAUCUCAUCUCGUGGCUAUCCAAGAAGCAACGCACCGUAGCUCGCUCCUCUACAUAG